AUGGAACCUGAGAAUGACUGUGAUUGGAAGCCAAAAUUGGGAAUGAUAUUUGAUUCUGAACAAUGUGCGUAUGAAUUUUAUAAUACAUAUGGAGGAAGAAUGGGGUUUAGCAUAAGAAGAGAUUAUUGUAAGAAGGACAAGUUCACUAAUCAACUUAUUCAUAGACUUUUGGUUUGCAACAAGGAGGGAUUUCGAAAGGUUGACAAGCGAGACCCAUUGUCAAAAAACUCUAGAGCUGAAACUAGGACUGGGUGUGAGGCUCGACUUUAUAUUAAAUUACAUGACGGUACUGGAAAAUAUGUUGUGACUGAUUUCAAAGAAAAACACAACCAUGAUCUUGUAUCACCCGAGUGUGCCCACAUGUUGCCGUCACAAAGAAAGAUAUCCGCUACCCAAGCAAUUCAGUUAGAUUUAGAGGCACAAUCUGGUCUUCGUUUGGGCCAGUCUUUUGAACUCAUGGGUAGGGAAGCUGGUGGAAGGCAAUGUCUUGAUAAUGAGGAGCAAAUAACCAAUAUGUUUUGGGCCGAUGCACAAAUGAUAAUGGAUUAUGCCCAAUUUGGUGAUGUUGUCACAUUUGAUACGACUUACAAGUUAAACAAAGAACAUAGACCGUUCGCAUCUUAUGUGGGAUUCAACUAUCACAGGGAAACAGUUAUAUUUGGUGCAGCAUUGUUGUAUGAUGAGACCGCCGAAUCGUUUGUAUGGUUGUUUGAAAACUUUCUAGAGGCUAUGUCAAGGAAGGCACCGAAAACUUUGUUCAUCGAUCAAGAUGUUGCAAUGGCUAAAGCCAUACCCAUCGUUAUGCCUGACACAAGUCACCGAUUGUGUACUUGGCAUUUGAUGCAAAAUGCAUUAAAACAUGUUAACUGUUUGUUCCAAGAUAAGGAGGUGAAGGGUGUACUAGAUAAAUUCUUCUUUCACAUUCUCAUUAGUUUUUACGAUAUGUAUGGCAGCUGUUCUUCCACAAUUGCACAUUCUCGGUUUUAA